GCUCCCGCCCCGCCCCGCCCCGCCCCGCCCGGUCCUAUUUCUCCCAGCCGGGGCUGUGGGUUUGUCCGGGGGUCGGGUGGUGUUUUCGGGUGGUUCGCUGCGACUGGAAGCGAUCUGCGCAGGCCUCGCGCGGAUUUCUCAUUGUAUGGAUCACUGAUUGAAUAAUAUAUGGCUUUACCUCGUCUUACAGGAGCCUUGCGCUCCUUUUCAAAUGUCACCAAACAAGAUAAUUACAGGGGAGAAGUGGCUGACAUAAAGAUGAAACGAUCCAAACUUCAUGAAAAAAAUUUAGAUUUGGGCCUGACAUGGACGAAGAUAGUAAAAUUUUUGAAUGAAAAUCUGGAUAAGAAUGAAGUACAAAGUGUAAAUGAAGACUUAAAAGAUAUAUUACAGGCUGCAAAACAAAUAGUUGGAAUGGAUAAUGGACAAGAAGCAAUUGAAAGUGGGGCCGCAUUUCUCUUCAAGACAUUUUGCUUGAAGAACUUCCUUGGUGACAACGAGAUAAAGGAAAUCAAACUGAUGUUUGGUCCCUUUCCAUUAUCAUCUGCCACUGCAGCUUGUAAAGCCACUGGUCGAAUUACUGCUCAUUUUAGUGAAGACCGUCUUACUGCUCUCGUCCAGAAGACAGAAAAGGAAAAUGAGGAAAGAGUUAUAUUUGGUAAAAAUAUAGCAUUUUCAUUUGAUAUGCAUGAUUUGGACCACUUGGAUGAACUGCCAGUAAAUGGUGAUGAUCAGAAAACAAUAAGCCUAGAUUACCAGAAGUUUCUGAAUGAACGUUUUCAGGAGACGUGUACCCCAAAAGUCAAGUCCGUGGAAAAAACAGAUGGUUCCUUUUUAUGGUGUGAAGUUGAGAAGUACUUAAAUGCAACUUUAAGAGGAACGACUGAAACACCAAGAAUAGAAGAUCUUUGCUGCACUUUAUAUCAUAUGCUUGCUUCUGUUAAAAGUAGUGAUGAACUUCAGAAUGAGCUAUUUGAACUGUUGGGACCUGAAGGACUUGAACUUAUUGAGAAGCUCCUCCAGAACAGAAUUAUGAUUGUGGAUAGAUUUCUUAGUUCUUCAAAUGAUCAUAAAUUUCAGGCUCUUCAAGAAAAUUGCAAAAGAAUUUUAGGAGAAAAUGCUAGACCUAGUUAUGGUUGCCAAGUCACUAUUCAUUCUGAACAAGAAAAGCAGUUAAUGAAACAAUAUCGCCGUGAAGAAAAACGAAUUGCCAGACGAGAAAAAAAGUUUGGAGAAGAUGGAGAAGUUUCAGGAGAAGCAAUAAUGUACUUUGAUCCUAAGGAAAUGCGGAUACAAAGAGAACAGGCACUUCUGAAUGCUAGAAGCUUUCCAAUCCUGAGCAGGCCGAGAGAGACAGGUGUUGGGAAAAUACGUUAUCCCCACGUUUAUGAUUCCCAGGCUGAAGCCAUGACAACAUCAGCAUUCAUUGCUGGUGCAAAGCUGAUUUUACCAGAAGGAAUCCAAAGAGAUAAUAACAGGAUCUAUGAAGAAGUAAAGAUUCCCUACAGUCAACCAAUGCCAGUUGGCCUUGAGGAAAAGCCAGUUUAUAUCCAAGACUUAGAUGAGAUUGGGCAGCUGGCUUUUAAAGGAAUGAAGAGACUCAAUAGAAUCCAGUCAAUAGUGUUUCAGACUGCCUACAACACCAAUGAGAACAUGCUGAUUUGUGCCCCAACUGGAGCUGGGAAGACCAACAUUGCGAUGCUUACAAUAUUGCAUGAAAUUCGCCAACAUUUUCAACAAGGUGUUAUCAAAAAGAAUGAAUUUAAGAUUGUAUAUGUUGCUCCAAUGAAAGCCUUGGCAGCUGAAAUGACAAAUUACUUCAGCAGACGUCUAGAGGCACUGGGCAUCAUUGUGAAAGAAUUGACUGGUGAUAUGCAGUUGUCAAAAUCUGAAAUUCUACGCACUCAGAUGCUUGUGACCACACCAGAAAAAUGGGAUGUAAUGACAAGAAAGAGUGUUGGGGAUGUAGCACUCUCUCAAAUUGUCAGGCUCCUUAUUCUUGAUGAAGUCCAUUUGCUGCAUGAAGAUAGAGGACCAGUGUUAGAAAGCAUAGUUGCACGUACUUUACGACAGGUCGAAUCUACACAGAGUAUGAUAAGGAUACUUGGACUCUCUGCAACUUUACCCAACUACCUCGAUGUCGCUAUGUUUUUACAUGUUAAUCCCCACAUUGGACUUUUCUACUUUGAUGGCCGUUUUCGACCAGUACCUCUUGGACAGACAUUUUUGGGGGUUAAGAGUGCAAAUAAGGCACAGCAGUUGAAUAACAUGGAUGAAGCAUGUUAUGAAAGUGUUUUGAAGCAAGUAAAGGCUGGACAUCAGGUGAUGGUGUUUGUACAUGCUCGAAAUGCCACUGUAAGAACAGCAAUGUCUCUAAUAGAAAGAGCAAAAAAUAAUGGCCAGAUACCCUUCUUUUUGCCUACCCAAGGACCUGAAUAUGGACACGCAGAAAGACAAGUGCAAAGGUCCAGAAAUAAGCAAGUACGAGAAUUAUUCGCAGAUGGUUUUAGUAUUCAUCAUGCAGGAAUGCUUCGGCAGGACAGAAAUUUGGUUGAAAAUUUGUUUUCUAAUGGGCAUAUCAAAGUCCUAGUCUGUACCGCUACCUUAGCCUGGGGUGUCAAUCUUCCCGCUCAUGCUGUUGUUAUUAAGGGAACACAAGUAUAUGCUGCAAAAAGAGGCUCCUAUGUUGACCUUGGAAUUUUAGAUGUCAUGCAGAUAUUUGGUCGAGCAGGAAGACCACAAUUUGACAAAUUUGGGGAAGGAAUCAUCAUAACAACGCAUGAUAAACUCAGCCAUUACCUCACUCUGCUCACUCAACAAAACCCGAUCGAGAGUCAGUUUCUAGAAAGCCUCGCAGAUAACUUAAAUGCAGAGAUUGCUCUGGGAACAGUUACUAAUGUGGAAGAAGCAGUGAAGUGGAUAAGUUACACUUAUCUUUAUGUACGGAUGAGAGCAAAUCCAUUAUUAUAUGGCAUCAGUUACAAGGGUUAUCAGAUGGACCCAACAUUAGAAAAACAUCGAGAACAACUGGUCAUUGAAGUUGGACGAAAGCUAGACGAAGCUCGGAUGAUUCGUUUUGAGGAGCGAACUGGGUAUUUUUUCUCCACUGAUCUGGGUAGAACCGCCAGUCACUACUAUAUUAAAUAUAACACCAUUGAGACUUUUAAUGAACUCUUUGAUGCUCACAAAACAGAAGGUGAUAUCUUUGCCAUAGUCUCCAAAGCUGAAGAAUUUGAUCAGAUCAAGGUCAGAGAUGAAGAAAUAGAGGAGUUAGAUGCUUUGUUGAACAAUUUCUGUGUACUCUCAGCUCCUGGGGGUGUAGAGAACAGUUAUGGAAAGAUAAAUAUCCUGCUUCAAACUUAUAUCAGCCGAGGAGAACUGGACAGUUUCUCUCUUAUAUCAGAUUCUGCAUAUGUUGCACAGAAUGCAGGUAGAAUUUUCCGUGCUCUUUUUGAGAUUGCUCUGAGGAAACGUUGGCCUGCCAUGACCUACAGGCUCCUGAAUCUUAGUAAAGUCAUCGACAAGAGGCUUUGGUGUUGGGCCAGCCCUUUGAGACAAUUUUCAGUCUUACCACCACACAUUCUUACAAGAUUAGAAGAAAAAAAUCUUAGUGUGGAUAAGCUGAAAGACAUGAGGAAAGAUGAAAUAGGUCACAUAUUGCAUCAUGUGAAUAUUGGACUGAAGGUCAAACAGUGUGUUCAUCAGAUUCCUUCAGUUACGAUGGAAGCAUCCAUUCAGCCCAUCACACGGACUGUCCUCCGGGUGACACUCAGCAUCUGUCCUGAUUUCAUGUGGAAUGAUCAGGUGCAUGGGACAGUAGGAGAACCCUGGUGGAUUUGGGUAGAAGAUCCUACAAAUGAUCAUAUUUAUCAUUCAGAGUAUUUUUUAAUUCUAAAAAAACAGGUCAUUCGUAAAGAAGCUCAAAUACUGGUAUUUACAAUCCCUAUUUUCGAGCCUCUGCCUUCCCAAUACUACAUCCGAGCAUUGUCUGAUAGGUGGCUGGGAGCUGAGGCUGUGUGUAUUAUCAACUUCCAACAUCUAAUUCUACCAGAGAGACAUCCUCCUCAUACAGAAUUACUGGAUCUUCAGCCUUUACCAGUCACAGCUUUGGGAUGUGGAGAAUAUGAAGCCCUGUAUAACUUUACCCACUUUAACCCUGUGCAGACACAAAUAUUUCAUACGCUGUAUCACACAGACUGUAAUGUCCUACUUGGAGCACCCACAGGAUCAGGGAAGACUGUUGCGGCUGAAUUAGCCAUUUUCAGAGUCUUCAACAAGUACCCCAAUUCAAAGGCUGUAUAUAUUGCACCCCUAAAGGCCCUUGUACGUGAAAGAAUGGAUGACUGGAAAGUUAGAAUAGAAGAAAAACUUGGAAAAAAAGUUGUUGAACUAACAGGGGAUGUGACUCCUGAUAUGAAAUCCAUUGCCAAGGCUGACCUUAUUGUCACUACACCAGAGAAAUGGGAUGGAGUCAGCAGAAGCUGGCAAAAUAGGAACUAUGUUCAGCAAGUCACUAUUCUCAUCAUAGAUGAGAUCCAUCUGCUUGGGGAUGAAAGAGGUCCAGUUCUAGAGGUCAUUGUAUCUCGAACAAAUUUCAUCUCAUCGCACACAGAAAAGCCUGUUAGAAUAGUUGGUCUGUCCACUGCAUUAGCUAAUGCUAGAGACCUUGCUGACUGGCUCAAUAUUAAGGAGAUGGGCUUGUUCAACUUCCGACCAUCUGUACGCCCAGUUCCACUGGAAGUUCACAUUCAAGGCUUCCCAGGUCAACAUUACUGUCCUCGUAUGGCUAGUAUGAAUAAACCUACAUUUCAGGCAAUUAGAAGCCAUUCCCCAGCCAAACCUGUUUUGAUAUUUGUCUCUUCAAGACGUCAAACUCGUCUUACUGCUUUAGAAUUGAUAGCCUUUCUGGCUACUGAAGAAGAUCCAAAGCAAUGGUUGAACAUGGAUGAAAGAGAGAUGGAGAGCAUCAUUGGAACACUAAGAGAUUCCAACCUGAAGCUGACACUUGCUUUCGGAAUAGGAAUGCAUCAUGCUGGACUACAUGAGAGGGAUCGAAAAACAGUAGAGGAACUGUUUGUGAACUGUAAAGUUCAGGUUCUUAUUGCUACAAGCACAUUAGCCUGGGGUGUAAACUUUCCAGCUCAUUUAGUAAUUAUUAAGGGAACAGAAUAUUAUGACGGAAAAACAAGACGUUAUGUGGAUUUUCCCAUUACAGACGUGCUCCAGAUGAUGGGGCGUGCUGGGAGGCCUCAGUUUGAUGACCAAGGCAAAGCUGUAAUUCUGGUCCAUGACAUAAAGAAAGACUUCUACAAAAAAUUUCUUUAUGAGCCUUUCCCAGUAGAAUCAAGCUUAUUAGAAGUGCUCUCUGACCAUUUAAAUGCAGAGAUUGCUGGUGGCACAAUAACAUCUAAGCAGGAUGCAAUGGAUUAUAUCACCUGGACUUACUUUUUCCGUCGUCUUAUCAUGAACCCCAGCUACUACAGUUUGGGUGAUGUGAGCCAUGAUUCUGUGAACAAAUUUCUAUCUAAUCUGGUUGAAAAGUCCCUGGUUGAGUUGGAACAUUCCUACUGUAUUAAAAUUGGAGAGGAUAAUCGGAGCAUUGAAACUCGGACAUAUGGCCGAAUUGCCUCCUAUUACUAUUUGAAGCACCAAACAGUUAAAAUGUUCAAGGAGCAUUUGAAACCAGAAUGCAGUGUUGAAGAAUUGCUUUCCAUCCUGAGUGAUGCAGAAGAAUACACAGAUUUGCCAGUAAGACACAAUGAAGAUCAUAUGAAUAGUGAACUGGCAAAAUGUCUUCCCAUUCAACUAAAUCCUCAUUCAUUUGACAGCCCCCACACCAAAGCACAUCUCCUGCUACAGGCACAUCUCAGCCGAGCCAUGCUGCCCUGCCCAGAUUAUGACACUGAUACCAAAACUGUCUUGGACCAAUCUCUCAGAGUAUGCCAGUUAUUCUAGUCCCUACGCUAUCACUGACACAUCAGGAUGACUAUUUGGAAACAAUUGGAAAAGGAAGAAAAUUUUCACAGAGGAGGAAAAAGUAUAAAGGGAGUUAAAAGAAAGGGUGCAAGUCUACAGGAUGUCAAGAGGUGGGUAGAAAGACCAGUGCUGAACAUCACCUGUCCAACUGCAUGUAUACACCCGACAGCCGCAGAAUCGUGAAGACACUAUAAGAACUAAAUUCACAGACUUCUUAAACUGAAGUUUAGAUUUUAGAGAAAAAAUUUUAAUACUGAACCUUAGAGCUAGAGCUUGUUAUCUCCCUGUUAAUAUGCCUCUUUAUGUAUACUGAAUGAUGUGAUUUUUCUUUUAAACAUGGCCUACAUUAAUGUUUCUAUUUCCUUGCAACGAAGUUUGCUUGACUAGGUCACGGUGCUCAGUGUUCUGUUUUACCAUUGGAUCAUUGAAAUCCUGAAUUUAGUUGUGCUUCAAAAGAUAUUUAAUGCCUGUAUCUCUAAUAUUACAAGGAGACCUGGUGGUGCAGCAGUUAAAGCACUUAGCUGCUAACCUAAAGGUCAGGAGUUUGAGCCCACCAGCUGUUCUGUGGGAGAAAGAUGUGGCAGUCUGCUGCGGUAAAGAUUUACAGCUUUGGAAACUGUAUAGGGCAGUUCUACUCUGUCCUAUAGUGUUUCUGUGAGUCGGAAUCGACUCGACAGCAGUGGGUUGGUUAGUUGGUUGGUUGGUUGGUAUAUCCAAUACUAAAAUCUAAUAUCUCACUACAUGCUAGAUUAAAAUUAAGUAUUUUCGUUUUUCAGAAAUUGCAUUGACGUGAAAGAAAUCUCCCCUGUUUUCUAUCUUUUCAGGAACACCCUCACCAGUGCUUGACCCUAAGUGAAAUCUGGCUGUCCUAGAGUACUCAUUUUCCUUCUUGCAUGAAAAAUCCCCCCUUUAUUUUAUCAUUCUCACAAGCUAUGAAAAUUCUGCAACUGUAUUUCAACAAAUGUUUUACUUUGGAUAUCCAUAGAUUUCUUUAUCUGCUAUCCUCUAAACUCUAGAUCUCUUUUCCUACUUUCCUCAAACACCAGAUUCAUAGUCUUCAGCUCCACCAUAGUGGCUUCAACAGGUGUCCUUUAUAACCUAAUCAUGUGCAUCCUAAACACCUCUACUCAAAUGACUAUUAUAUCCAUCCCACUUGAGCCACCACUUCCCUGAUAUCAUCCUCUAAGUCUCCUCUCUGACCACAGCAUCUUUAUCAGUCAGCUUAACUGAACAUUUCUGUUACUCAUUAUGACCUUGAAUCUCUUAUCCUCUUCCUGGUCCCUCAGUUUAGUCCUCAGUCCCCUUAUGACUUCACUUGCUGCCAUAAGCAGGAUUGGCCCCUGAGUUGGUCAUUUCAACAGUGAUGUCACUAGUACUCUAAAAUCUCUCACCUCCCUGAAUAAUCAUCAGCAUCUGAAUUUUCAGCUUUCACACCCAUCGCUAAUUAUUGUUGGAAAUAAUCAUAAAACAUUGUUAACCAUUUCUACUACAAAGUCAUGCUGUUGAAACUGACUACUGCUCCAGUUUUAUUCACAUCAUUAAUUUACCCUAGUACUUAUCCUAAACCCUUUUUUCUCUCUUCUCCCAGCAAGAGACAUCAUCUCCUGUUUACAAAAAUGAUUGAGACACUCUAAUGUAAGGGUCUGUCAGUUCGUCAUACUGUGCUGGCUUACAUGGUACUAUGGAAGUUAUGCCACCAGUAUGUCAAAUACCAGCAGGGUAGCCCAUGGUGGAAAGGUUUUAGUGGAGCUUCCAGACUAAGACAGACUAGAAAGAAAGACAUGAUGGUCUACUUCUGAAAAAACUGGCCAGUGAAAACCUUAUGGACAGCAGUGGAACACUGAUACAGUGCCAGAAAAUGAGCCCUUCAGGUUGGAAAGCACUCAAAAUAUAACUGGGGAAGAGCUGCCUCCUCAAAGUAGAGUCGACCUUAAUGACAUGGAUGUAGUAAAGCUUUCAGGAGCUUCAUUUGCUAAUGUGGCAUGACUCCAAAUAAGAAGAAACAACUGUAAACAUACAUUAAUAAUCAGAACAUGGAAUGUAUGAAGUAUGAAUGAAAGAAAAUUAGAAGUCAAAAAUGAAAUGGAAUUCUUGAGAUCAAUAUCCAAGGCAUUAGUGAGCUGAAAUGGUCUGGUAUUGGCCAUUUCGAAAUGGACAAUCAUGUAGUCUACUAUGCCAGAAAUGACAAAUUGAAGAGGGAUCACCUCAUGUUCAUCAUCAAAAAGAACAUUUCAAGAUCUAUCCUGAAAUAUAAAGCUAUCAGUGAUAGGAUGAUAUCUAUAUGCCUACAAGGAAGACCAAUUAAUACGACCGUUAUUCAAAUUUACGCACCAGCCACUCAUGCCAAAGAUGAAGAAAUUGAACAUUUUACGAACUUAUGCAGUCUGAAAUUGACCAAACAUACAAUCAAGAUGCAUUGAUAAUUACUGGUGAUUAGAAUGUAAAAGUUAGAAACGAGAAGGAUCAGUAGUUGGAAAAUAUGGCCUUGGUGAUAGAAAUGAUACAGGAGAUCACUUAAAAGAAUUUUGCAACACCAAUGACCUGUUCAUUGGAAGUACCUUUUUCAAUCACGUAAAUUGCAGAUAUACACAUGGACGUUACCAUGUGGAAUAUACGGGAAUCAAAUUAACUACAUCUGUGGAAAGAGGCAAUGGAGAAGCUUGAUACCAUCAGUCAGAACAAGCCUGGGGGCUGACUGUGAAACAGACUAUCAGUUGCUCAUAUGCAAGUUCAAGUUCAAGCUGAAGAAAACUGAAAAAAGCCCAUGAGAGCCAACGAACGACCUUGAGUAUACCCCUACCCUUAAUUUAGAGACCAUCUCAAGAAUAGAUAUGAUGCACUGAACACUAAUGAUCAAAGACAAGACCAUUUGUGGAACGACAUCAAAGAUAAAGAAAGCAAAAGGUCAUGAAAAAGAGACAAAAGGAAAAAAGGCUAAAAUGAAUGUCAGAAGAGACUGUGAAACUUCCUCUUGAACAUACAGUAGCUAAAGCAAAAGGAGACAUGAGUAAAAGGGCUGAACAGAAGAUUUCAAAUGGCGAUUCAAUAUGACAAAGUAAAAUAUUAUAAUGAAACUUGCAAAGACCUGGAAUUAGAAAACCAAAAGAGAAGAACACACUAGGCAUUUCUCAAGCUGAAAGAGCUGAAGGAAAAAUUCAGGCUCGAGUUGCAAUAUUGAAGGAUUCUAUGGAUAAAAUAUUGAACAAUGCAGGAAGCAUCAAAAGAAAGUGGAAGAAUUACACAGAGUCAUCAUACCAAAAAGAAUUGCUCGAUGUUCAACCAAUUGAGGAGGUAGUAUGUGACGAAAAACCUAUGGUACUGAAGGAAUUAGUCCAAGCUGCACUGAAGGAACUGGCUAAAAAUAAGGCUUCAGGGAUUGACAUAAUACCAAUUGAGAUUUUCAGCAAAUGGAUGCGACUCUGGAAGUGCCCACUCAUCUAUGCCAAGAAAUUUGGAAGAUAGUUACCUGGACAGUUGACUGGAAGAGGUCCAUAUCCAUGCCCGUUCCAAAUAAAGGUGAUCCAGUGGAAUGCAGAAAUUAUCGAACAAUAGCAUUAACAUCAAUGCAAGUAGAAUCUCGCUCAAGAUAAUUUAAAAACAGUUGCAGUGCAGUACAUUUACCAGGAACUGUCAGAAAUUCAAGACAGAUUCAGAAGAGGACAUGGAACGAGGGAUAUCAUUGCUGAUGUCAGAUGGGUAUUGGCUGAAAGCAAAGAAUACCAGAAGGGUGUUUACCUGUGUUUUAUUGACUAUGCAAAGGCAUUUGGCUCUGUGGAUCAUAGCAAAUUAUAGAUAACACUAUGAAGAAUGGGAAUUCUGUAACACUUAAUUGCGCUCAUGCAGAACCUGUACAUAGAUCAAGAGGCAGUUAUUCCAACAGACAAGUGGAUACUGCAUGUUUUAAAAUCAGGAAAGGUGUGCAUCAGGGCUGUAUACUUUCACCAUAUUUACUCAGUCUGUACGUUAAGCAAAUAAUCCAAGAAGCUGAACUAUAUGGAGAAGAACAUGGCAUCAGGAUUGAAGCAACACUCAUUAACAACCUGCAAUAUGCAGACGACACAAUCUUGCUUCCUGAAAGUGAAGAGGACUUGAAGGACUUACUGAUGAAAAUCAAAGACCACAGCCUUCAGUUUGGAUUACAUCUCAACAUAAAGAAAACAAAAAUCUUUGCAAAUGGGCCAGUAAAUAAUGUCAUGAUAAAUGGAGAAAAUAUUGAAGUUGUCAAGGAUUUCAUUUUACUUGGAUCCACAAUCAAUGCCCAUGGAAACAGCAGUCAAGAAAAUCACAUGACGUAUUGGAUUGGGCAAAUCUGCUACAAAAGACCUCUUUAAAGUGUUCAAAAGCAAAGAUGUCACUUUUAGAACUAAGGUGCACCUGACCCAAGCUAUGGUAUUUUCAGUUGCCUCAUAUGCAUGCAAAAGCUGGACCAUGAAUAAGGAAGACCAAAGAAGAAUUGAUACCUUUGAAUUAUGGUGUUGGUGAAGAAUAUUGAACAUUUGAAUUAUGGUAUUGGUGAAGAAUUAUGGUGUUGGUGAAAACCAUGGAAGUUCAGGAGAACGAACAGGUCUGUCUUGGAAUAAGUACAGCCCAAACGCUCCUUAGAAGCAAGGAUGGCGAACUUUGUUUUACAUACUUUGGACAUGUAAUGGGGGAGGGACUGGUCCCUGGAAAAGAAGAUCAUGCUUGGUAAAAUAGAGGUUCAGCAAAAAAGAAGAACUUCAUCGAGAUGAACUGACACAGUGUCUGAAACAGUGGGCUCGAACAUGGCAUCAAUUGUGAGGGUCACACAGGACUGAGCAGUGUUUUGUUCUGUUGUACAUGGGGUGGAUAUGAGUCUGAACUGACUCGAGCGUGCCUAACAACAACAAUAUGAGCACUCUCAGUUACCCUCUCUGCACCUCCAAGCUUCUCUUUCUUUAGUGACUGUGCGUGUGAGAUCUUUGGUGACCAGCUGCAGCGCUUCUUUUUACCCCAGCAGCAGAAAUUUAAUUUAUUCCAUGCUUAGUAUAUGCUGCCCUCUAUUUUGAUUUAUGCUUUCCAGCCCCUAACCUCAAGAAUAUUACAGUCCACCUGGAAAGAUAGAAAGUGAACUUUCUGAUAAUAAGAUAAUAUGGUAUUAGUGUGUUAGCAACUGGUUAAAGCUUUCGGAAGAUAGACACAAGCCUUAGAAAGCCCUUUAUCUAAUUUCUGAAUUUUUCAGAUGAGGAAAACAAGUACCAGUGGUUAAGUGAUUUGUCCAAGGUCUUACAAUUAAUUUAUAGGCACAAGUCUCUAAACCGUCAGGCCAAGUGUCUUUCUAGUAUAUCACACCACCUUCAAACCAGUAUCAAGUGUUCGUGAAUUAUAUUUUUGUUUACACUUCAUCCAAACUUAGGGUUUGCUUUAAACAUUCUGUCUUUCUGUCUUGUAAGGAAAUCUUUGGGUAGUCCCAUUCUACCUAGUAAUCACGUUCCUUAUAGAAUCUCCCAAUCUAAUUCAGGACCCCAUUCAAAUCCCAUUUACUUUCCUCCUCAUCCUGAAUUUUAAACACAGUAUACUUAUACUGGUUAAAAGCAGGCCCUUUGGAGUCAGUCUCCUCAAAAUCAGAAUUCUAUCUAUAACCAUUUACCAGAGCUAUUUGGCCUGAGGCAUGCUUCUUUAUCUCCAGAGCCACGAGUAAAAUGGAUUUAAAUUCAAUAACUUGUAUAAAAUGGUUAGCAGAGUAUUUGAUAAAUAGUACCCACUUAACAAACAUCUUUUUUUUUUUUUUAACAAACAUCUACUAUAA